GGCCGGCCGAGCUCGAGUGCUUUGUCUGGUUCUGCUUCGUCCGACUGCCUGGCGAUCGCGAACAGGUGCCGUUCUCCUUCGCUGGCCCCUAGCCCCUCCACCUGCCCCCGUCAAGGUCCGUUCCUCGACUGGCGCCGUCCGUACCCUGGACCCCCCCCAAAACUUCCAACCGCUCCAACCACCGCAAUCCGGCUGACUCUAGCUGAUCUGUGCUGACUUUUUUGCUUCGUUUCUACAGGAGGCGGGCGACCUGGCUGGUAGACGGCGGAUCCAUGCACCAGGACGACUAUCCACGCAGGCUCCGUCGCCCGUCCGCUGCGUCUUGGCCUGCACUCCGGCGCUAGAAAGCCGAUUGUCAAGAGCGCUUUCCCUUGCCCUCGGUCUUCGCCCGUUGUGUUGUCUUUGUCAUCUCCGGGUUUUCGUCGUCGGUGACUUGGUAGCAUAGCGAUGAUGAUGGCGCAGCCGUUUCCCGCCCAUCAAGGCAUCCCGCAGCACCCAGGUCUGCCUCCCGGCCACCCCAUGGCCGCCACUCAGCACCCCAAUGCUGCCCAUCCGGGCGCUGGAAUGGUCCAGCAGAUCCAUCCCGGCGUCUCGAACCCCGGUGCGCCCCAAGUCAGCCAGGCAGGCCCUAUGAUGGGCGGGAUGCCGCCCGGGGCGGCAUCCGCGGGCCCUGGGGGGCCUGUCCCGAACGCACACGCGCUUCAGCACCUGAACCCGGCACAGGCACAUAUGUUCCAGCAGCAGCAGUUUGCACAGAACUUCGCAAAUAACCCCCAAUUACUGCAACAACAGCAGCAACAACAGCUUCUUAGACAGCGGAUGAUCCUCCAGCAGCAGCAGCAACAACAACAACAACAACAACAGCAUCAGCAACAACAUGGUGGGAUUCCGGUUCCCCUACCAAACGGAACUCAGGGCCUCAGCGCCGCUCAAUUGGCUGCCAUGCAGGUAAAUCCUGCUAUGCGCCCUGUCAAUCUUCAAAUGCACCUUGGUCAAAUGCCUCACAGCCAGGCCCAGUCGAUCCAGCAAGCUCAGCAGCAACAACUUUUUGCUAUGCAACAGGCCCAACAAGCGCACCAGGCCCAGCAACAGGCUCAGCAGCAGGCCCAGCAGCAGGCCCAGCAAGCCAACAAUGCCAUCCAGCCAGGCCAGCAAACACCGCAGCAGCGUGCUGCGGCACAGCCUCAAGUGAUCCACGAUGCUCAAAGUGUCACACCACAGCCACAGCCUGGACCACCGCCGCCGGGCAGUGUGACUCCAUCGCAGCAGCACUCUAACCCACCUACUCAGGUAUCCUCUACUCAAGCACCUCCACAGCCUGGUGCUCACCCCCAAGCGCAUUCGACCCCGAACUUGCAGCAGCAGCAGCUUCCGCAGGGGCAACCGCAGCAGCCGCAACCGCAUCAUCAAGUACAGACCCCGGCGCAGACUCCUCAGGCACAGGUGCAGCAGCAGCAUCAACAGACACCUCAGCAACAGACCCCCCAACAGCAAGGCCACCCGCAACCACAACAGCAGCCGAUGACGGCCCAGGAGGCCCACCUGAAGGCGCAACAGCAGAAUUCAGCGGCCCUGAUGUUACAGCAACAGCAGGCUCAACAAAGAAUGAUGAUGAAAGGAGCAAGCAUUCUUGCCCUGAAUUCAUUUGCCGAGCAUCUAAGUGGCUUUAUUAGCCGAGGCGAAGCCCAAGACUUGAUCUACUGGCAAUCUUUUGUCGACAGGUUCUAUUCUCCCGUUGGCGUCUUACGACAGGGAGUCUAUCACAACCAAACAGGUGCCAAGCAGUUUGAGAUCUCCACCCCUGCCCUUACCCGGUAUUAUAUGACACAAUUCACUAGCGGGAUUACAAAGAUCCAGAUGAUCAUGGAAGGGUUACGGGAAAGAGAUAUUACAAAUGGUGGUCAUAUUGUGGAAAGUCUGAAGACAUCGUUUAUCUACUGGUUUUCAAAUGAGUCUCAGCUUUUCACCAAUGGCACAUUACGCGCCCAAUUCGACAUGAACAACAAGAUUGAAGUGCUGGAUAUUACCGUCGCCAACCACACCGAGUUUAUCCCGAGGAGCCAGCUGCAAUCGCUCGAACUCUCGGAGCAGAAACAAAGCCCCAAACUAGCGAAGAACGUGUCCAAGCGAGCACAGCAAAAGCAGCCGCAGCCACCCUCUGUCACUCUUCCCGAGUCCAUGGUAACUGCUAAUGGUGUUCCAACCGCAGUGAUGGGCUUUUUGGAGGUGGCGGAAACAAUUUCCCAUAUGCAGAUGUUGUUCCAGUUUUCUCAGAACUACCCACAGCUGUCUCCUCCGGAAGCACUUAGGCAUCUGGUGAAUAGUCUUCAGACUCAAAACCCGGGACUUGGUUUCGUGCAACCGCCAAUGAAUCCAGCGAUGCAGCAGAUUCCCAACCCUCGAGGCCCAAAUAACAUGAAUCCACCAUCUCAGUUUGCUUCUCCCGCCAUGGCCCACUUGGGUCUGCCUGUCCAAGGCUCCCCGCAUCUCAGUGGCUCAGCUCACCCCAGCCCGGCUCAGAGCCACCUGGCUGGACCUCCCGGCGUGAUGCAGCAAGGGCCGAUGCAACCGAACAUGGCCGCGGCUCAAGGUGCCAGUGCCAACUCCAGCCCCGGUGUUGGCAACAAACGUCGGCGAAGCACGGUGAAAAUCGAAGGGGACGAAGGUGGUCCUGAUGUGAAUGGGGCAGCGCCUACUGGGACCGCCAAGGUCAAGGCCAGUCCCCGGGUCGGCAAGAGACAAAAAGGCACCGCUUAAUAUCUUUGUCGUCUAUUUAGAAGGAGCUCUCACACGUUGUUAUAUUCGUUUCGAUAUCAAGAGGGGUGGAAUCGGCGUACAAUAGGUUUUUAUACUUGUUUUGAAGGCUUGUCUGCCAUGUCCGGGG